AUGGAUGUCAAUGUCCCAGGGUUGUGCAUGGUCUGGCUGACAAAAACGCAGGGCCCCUUGGGCAGAGCUGACUGGAAUCUGAUUGCAGGUUGGGGCCACACCUUCCACCCCCAAGAUGUGCAGCAUCCCUUCCCAGAAGCCCAGGACGAGGAGGAGGAAGAGGAGGAUAAAUAUGAGCUGCCCCCUGUGGGCCCAGCAAAGAAGCCCGAGGAGGACAUUUACCUAGAUGUCCCGGCCUUGCCUCAGACUCUGAGCUCCCAAGUCCUGAGGCCCCCAGUCCCUCUACCAAGGACAUCAGUGGGGCCUAGGCCCACCACAGCCCCCCAGGAAGCUCGGAAUGGAGCGUCGAAUGCCACCUCUAAAGGUGAGUACCGCCAUUCCUCUCUUUGCUCUGUAGCUGCCACCCAGAACGCCUCAGCUGCCGAGGACGGGGCCUACACCGUGCGCCCCAGCUCAGGCCCUCGUGGUUCUCAGCCCUUCACCCUGGCAGUACUCCUGCACGGCCGGGUCUUCAACAUUCCCAUCCGCCGGCUGGAUGGCGGGCGCCACUACGCCCUGGGCCAGGAAGGCAGGAACCACGCGGAGCUCUCUUCCUCCGUGGCCGCCAUGGUCCAGCACUACCUGCAGCACCCCCUAACGCUCGUGGACAGACACAGCGGCAGCCGGCAGCUCACCUGCCUGCUCUUCCCCACCAAGCCCUGA